UGUAAACUUGAGGGCAGGGAUUCUUUUGUUUUUGUCUUUGCAUCCCUAGAACAUGACAUAGUUCUGGCACGGUUUGGGGGGGACACUUAAAUUUUUGUUUUUCACUGUGUGAAGAGCACAGGGGUGAAGGCAGGGUGUGCUGGUGUUUGCUUAUCAUAUGGCUCUGGACCAGGAGUUCCACAGGACACAGAACAUAAUAGAUCCUUUAAUUAAUGUUUAUUGACUGAUUCUGGGGGGGGGAGAGGAGAAUGUACAUUUACACUUUCAAGUUUAAUCUGCAUUAUUAAUAUUUUCUCCAUUGCUUUCUAAUUUCUAUCCCAAUAACAAGGAAGGGUAAUGUUGCCCCCAAGCUCAGGUGGUGCAUUGGAUAGAGAGCCAGGUCUGAUGUGAGGAAGACUCAUCUUCCCGAGUUCAAAUCUGGCUUCAGAUACUUACUAUGUUCCCCUGGGCAUGUCCCUUAACCUUAUUUGCCUCAGUUUCCUCAUCUGGAAAAAAAAGAGCUGGAGAAGGAAAUGGCAAACCUCUCCAGUAUCUUUGCCAAGAAAACCCCAAAUGGGGUCACAAAGAGUUGGGUAUGACUGAACAACCACCACCACAACAAACGUGGCUCACAGACCCUUUCCUCUCAGCAGGUCCAAUGGGAAUAGAAAACCGAACGGGCGUGAUGCAAUUCCAUUUCCGCCCCUUUUCAACAGAUCCCAGCGUGCAGGUUGUCCUAUUUGUGGCCUUCCUAUUGUUAUACCUGGGCAGCCUCAUGGGAAACUUCACCAUCGCUCUCACUGUCUGGAGUGAACGCUCCCUCCACACUCCCAUGUAUUUCUUCCUCUUUGUGUUGGCAGUCCUGGAAAUUGGCUACUCUACCGACAUUGCCCCAUUGACGCUGGCGAGUGUUGUGUCCAUGGGGAAGACGACUGUCUCUCUGCCCAGCUGCGGAGCCCAAAUGUUCUUUUUCAUCUUCUUCGGUGGCUCGGAUUGUGUUCUUCUGGCUGUCAUGGCCUACGACCGCUAUGUGGCCAUCUGCCAUCCACUACAUUAUAAUCUAAUCAUGAGUUGGCAGUCAUGUACGCAGAUGGCCCUGGGAUCCUUAGUGCUUGGGUUCCUGCUGUCACUACCACUGACAGCUCUGAUCUGCCGUCUCCCGUUCUGUGACAACGCCGAAAUCUACCACUUCUUCUGCGACAUGUCUGCCGUCAUGCGUCUGGCCUGUGCAGACACGCGUGUGCACGAAGCUGCCCUCUACAUCAUCAGUGUCGCCGCGGUGGCCAUCCCUUUCCUGCUCAUCUCCAUUUCCUACGCUUUCAUCCUGGCCACUGUCCUAAGGAUGAAGUCAGCAGAGGGACAGCGUCGGGCCAUCUCCACGUGCUCCUCCCACCUCAUCGUGGUCCUCUUGCAGUAUGGCAGCUGCACCCUGAUUUACCUUCGCCCCAGCUCCAGCUACUCCCCAGAGGAGGGCCGGGUGGUGUCUCUGGUCUAUACUUUUUUUUCGCCACUCCUUAACCCCUUGAUCUACAGCAUGAGGAACAAGGAGGUAAAGGAUGCAGUGGGGAGACUUUUGAGAAGACAAACGCCAGCUCAGAAAGCGAAAGCAUUCUUCUCCGAGAAAUGA